AUGGCCGGCGGUGCUAAGAAGAAGAAAACUGGUCUUGGUAAAGCGCUGAUGCGAUCUCGCUUCAGUACUGCCACUCAUGUGAAUCCUGAUGGUUCAUUGCGUCAUACUACGGAUUUAGAUGACUCCACAAUUAGUCUAAAGUCAAUAACCCAGGAAACUGAUUUGGAUGCUUUCUUGACUACUGCUCAGCUUGCUGGAACCGAGUUCACUGCUGAAAAACUCAACAUUCAAGUAGUCUCAAAUGACUAUCAGAAUCCAUUCUUGUUGAGUCCUGAAAAGGAAGCCGAGACAUUGAAUCUACAUGCUCAGAAACGUGAUCGGCUGACUGUCCCUAGAAGACCUGAAUGGGACGAGACUACUACAGGAGAAGAGCUCCAAGAAGCAGAAAGGAACUCCUUUUUGGAAUGGAGACGUGGAUUAGCUCAACUGGAAGAAGACGAAGGAAUGUUACUAACACCAUACGAACGUAACUUGGAAGUCUGGAGACAGCUAUGGAGAGUCAUUGAACGAUCAGAUCUCGUCGUUCAAAUCGUCGAUGCUCGUAAUCCACUCUUUUUCAGAUCAACUGAUUUGGAGAAGUAUGUUAAAGAGGGGGAUCCACGACGUAUAAAUUUAUUGUUGGUUAAUAAGGCUGAUAUGUUGACUGAAUCUCAGAGAUUACAAUGGGCAGACUACUUUCAAUCACACAACAUCCGCCACGCCUUCUUCUCUGCCGCCUUGUCCAAAGCAGAACAAGAACGAGAAGCUGGUGAAUUGCAAGGUGAUGAUGAUGUAGAUGCCGAAUCAUCAGACGAUGAAAUGGCCGAACGCGAUGAUAGUUAUAACCGUUUCAAUAUGAAUGAUGCGGAAGAAAUCAUUGAUGACUCCGAUGAUGAAGUAGCAGAUAGUAACGACAUGAAACUGGGUGAUAAUGAGAUGGAGAAUGGAGAAGUCAUUGAAGAUGAUGGUGAAGACGAGUAUACAACGGAAAGUGAUGAUGAUGACAUACCGAAUGCCAAAAGCAAUAUACCAACCAAGUCGAAUCAACAACCAACACCACCACCUUCAUCAUCCAAACCUGCAUCCACACAAUCGCAUUCAUCGAGUGCAUAUCCUCUUGGACAUAUAUUAUCAGCUUCUGAAUUGUUAGAUUUGUUUUCUGAUGAGGCUCCUGAGCCUUUAAGGCCAGACAUGGCUGACAAAGUGACUAUUGGAUUUGUUGGAUACCCGAAUGUGGGUAAAUCUUCAACAUUGAAUGCUCUAGUUGGAGCCAAGAAGGUUGCUGUUGCUUCUACGCCAGGAAAGACCAAGCAUUUCCAGACCAUCCACAUAUCCGACUCCAUGAUCCUCUGUGACUGCCCAGGUCUCGUCUUCCCCUCCUUUGCCACCACCAAAGCCGAAAUGGUAAUCAACGGCGUCCUCCCCAUCGACCAACUCCGCGAACACACCGCACCAUGCACACUCGUCACCCGCGUAAUACCCAAACGAGUACUCGAAUCCACAUACGGAAUCCGUAUCAAAACCCUCAACGAAGAAGGGUUCCCCAUAGAUAGGAUGCCGACGUCCGAAGAGUUUUUGAAGGCCUUGGCCGCUGCUCGUGGAUACAAGAAGGCUGUACAGGGUAACCCGGAUGAAGCACGAGCGGCGAGAUACGUGUUGAAGGAUUUUGUUAAUGGGAAGCUGUUGGCUGUUGUGCCGCCACCUGGAUGUAGUGAUUUGGUGCGGUUUGCCAAGGAGACGGAGGAGGUUAUGAUGUUGAGGGUUAAGAAACAUCGUGGCGAUGACAGUGUGACUCCUGUAUCGGUGUUAUCAUCGUUUGAUACGAAUGGAGGUAUCACGUCGCUGACUGGUGAUACGACAAUGUAUUCUGCUCAACCGCAGCAGAAUGCGUUAUAUAGUAGUACUUUUGCUGAUGACUCGACGGGUGGAGUAGCAGCUAAAUCUACUGGCAAGUUUGCGUCCUCGAAUUUCAUUCGAACAAGUCUAGCAUUGGGAAAUAAUUCGGGGGUCAGUAAGAAACAUAAUAAGAGUUCAAAGAGACAGGGGAAGAGGAGAGAAAAUUAUACUGCUACUUUUGAUUGA